CGUGCCCAGAGGCGCCGGCGAUGGCCGGGCCCUGAGCACCAGCGCCCAGCGCCGGGUCAGGAGGAGGCGGGCGCCGCGGCGCGGGCAUGUGUGACCCCGGCGGGGUGCUGGGCGCCCCCGAGGCGCUGGCGGCGCUGGGGGAGGCCAUGGGGCUGGCUCCGCCCCCCGUCCUGGCACCGCCCCCUGCCCUGGCUCCACCCCCCGCGCUGGCCCCGCCCCUCGGGCUGGCCCCGCCCCUCGGGCUGGCCCCGCCCCUCGUCCCCGCCCCCAGCGCCGCCGAGGUGGAGCUCACGUGGCAGGAGAUCCUCUCCCUCAGCGAGCUGCAGGGCCUGGACGUGGCGGGCGAGCCGCUGUACGAGGCGCCUUUCUGCACCCUGCUGCCGCCCGCCGGCCCCUACGCGCCCUGCCCGCCACCACCACCACCACCACCACCAGCAGCACCCAUGGGUGCCCCCACCUUCGCCCCACCACCACCACCACCACCGCCACCGCCGCCACCGCCGGUGCUGCCGCCGCCGGCACCGGCGAGCCGCGACGCCCGGCGGGCGCUGGCGCUGGCGCUGCCCAUCCCGGCGGAGAAGCUCGUGAGCCUGCCGGUGGAGGACUUCAACGCGCUGGUGGGGCGCUACCCGCUGUCGGAGCAGCAGCUGGCCCUGGCGCGCGACAUCCGCCGGCGCGGCAAGAACAAGGUGGCGGCGCGCAACUGCCGCCGCCGCAAGCUCGAGACCAUCGCCCGGCUCCAGGGCGAGCUGGGCCGCCUGGGGCGCGAACGCGACCGGCUGCUGCGCGACCGGGGCCAGGCGCAACGGGCGUUGGGCGCCCUCCGGCGCGACCUCGGCCGCCUUUCGCGCCAGGUGCUGGGCGCCCUGCGCGACGCCGCCGGGCGCCCGCUGCCCGCCGAGCGCUUCGCCCUGCGCCUGGCGCCCGACGGCGCCGUCUGCCUCGUGCCCCGCGCCGCCCGCCCCGACGAGCCCGGCGACUGA